UGGAUCGCCUCCACCCUUAACAUGAGUUGAUGUCUUAUUCUAUCAUCAAUCAUUCAACAAGCUUUUGUUUUUGUUUGUUUGUUUGUUUUUAUUAAAUUCUAGCUAUGCUCUAGGCACUGUGCUGGGCGCUAGGGAUGCCAGGACAAAGACGCACUCCGCACUCGGCAGUGAGUUUGCGCGAGCUCCUGGUAGCUCUAUGGGGUAGGGACCCCAUCUCACGUACACUCAUGUAUCUCCUACGAAACACAGGGUAGUUGCUCGAUAAAUAUUUAUUGUCCUUCACUGUGUUGCUUGGGACAGGGUGUUCCUGGGAGUCUAGGUGUUGCCAGGGUGUUUCUGGGAGCCCUGCCAUUCUUCUGCAGGGUGUUUCUGGGCGCCGAGGGUCCUGAGGGCGGAGCCGAGGUGGAACGGGGCGUGCCACGGGCUAGGGCGUACCUGGGGCGGGGCGUUCCUAAAGAAGGGCGUGUCUGUGGGCGGGGGUUAUUUGGGGCGGAGACUCCCAGGCCGCGUUCUCAGGUCCCGGGCCCUGCCAAUGAGUCGCUUCGGGGCGGAGCUGGGGCUCGAGCCGGCAGUCUGAGAAGCAGGAAAGGGAAAACGAAGGUGUCCCCAGUCUCAGAGCGGUCGCCGACGCCAUCCUGCUCUCCUUCUACCUCCGCGCAUCCAAGCCGGAGCUGAUCCAGCCUCGAGCCCAGAACCCGCCGAUCUCUCCGGAGUCUCCCUGGCCGGGGAAACUGCUCCAGCGUCGCAGGCGUCUCUUGCAACCCGUAGAGCUCGCAGUCUGGGAAGGAGGCCUCGGAAAGCGUCCAGGCCCUGCACCCCAGCCGGCCCAGCCGAGCCGAGGUGGCCGGAGGAAAGCCUCUCUGAAUUCGGAGAGGGAUCGCAGUCGACAGCAGGGGCGCGAGCUAUGUCGGAGGCUGGGAAGGGGCCAGACGAGCCCGACGAGGGCCAGUACGACUCGGGCAUCGAGUCCUGGCGCUCUCUGCGCUCCCUGCCCGAGCCGUCCCUAACCUCAGGACCCUCAGACGGCCGCCCCCCGUCCCGAAUCGGAAGUCGACCUCCCUCAGGGACCAAGGAGGACCCGAAAGAGGAAUAUGGGGAGCGGAUGGACUCCGCCUACGGCUCGUCUUCGAUCACCGAGCCUCUGCCCCCGCUGGGGGGCCCCGAGGCCGUCGAGGGCGGGGAAACCCGCGCGCCGGAGGCCCGGGUGGGAACUCUCUGCCCGCAGCAGCUGGAGGCGCUCACCUAUAUCUCUGAGGAUGGAGACACGCUAUUACACCUGGCUGUGAUCCAUGAGGCUCCUACUGUGCUGCUGUGUUGCCUAGCUCUGCUGCCCCAGGAAGUCCUGGACAUACAAAAUGACCUUUUUCAGACAGCCCUGCAUUUGGCAGUGUACCUGGACCAGCCACACACAGUCCGGGCGCUAGUGCAGAAAGGGGCAAGCCGGACCCUGCAGGACAGGCAUGGGGACACAGCCCUGCACCUGGCCUGCCAGCACCAACACCUGGAUUGCGCUCGCUACCUCUUGGAGGCCACAUCUGAUCGAGGUCGGAGCCAGCACCCUCAUCCGGAGCUUCGGCUGCAAAACUGGCAAGGCUUGGCCUGCCUACACCUUGCUACUUUGCAGAGAAACCGGCAGCUAAUGGAAUUGCUUCUCCAGAAUGGAGCUGACAUUGACAUCCAGGAAGGCACCAGUGGCAAGACUGCCCUUCACUUGGCUGUGGAGACGCAAGACAGGGCAUUGGUGCGUUUUCUGCUUCGGGCAGGGGCUCAAGUAGAUGCCAGGAUGCACAAUGGCUGUACCCCCCUCCACCUGGCCGCUGGGCGCCACCUGUCGGGCAUUGCUGCCACUCUGUGCCAGGCAGGUGCUGAUUCCUUGCUUCGGAAUGUUGAAGAUGAGACCCCACAGGACCUUGCUGAAGAUCCUCUUACUCUCCUACCCUUUGAUGACCUGAAGAUUUCUGGGAAGCCACUGCUAUGUACUGACUGAAGCCAGAUCUGAGUCUUUAUGGCCUCCUUCCUC